AUGGAUUCUACAGAUGGUAAAAACAUAGGAUUUGUUAAAAGACAGGAAUUGAUUAGUGAAAGUAAGGAAAUAGAAAUGAUUGGUCAUCUUCACGGUGACAUUUUUAACCAAGAUAAAUUUUUAAUUAAUGGUGUUGAAAUGAGUGUUAAAUUGGUUCGAUCAAGAGAGAGUUUUAAUUUAAUUGUUGGGUCAAACGAUGUAAAGUUUAAAGUUUGCAUUACGGACGCAACUCUUAUUGUUCGACGAGCACGAAUUAAUCCAAGUGUAUUACUCGCACAUCAAAAAGUUUUAGCUUCUACCACUGCUAAAUAUCCUAUUACUCGAGCUGAAGUAAAAGUUUUAACAAUUCCUUCGGGUGUUCAAGGAAAAACUUUUGAUAAUAUAUUUUUAGGACAGGUACCGAAAAGAUGUAUAAUUGGAUUUGUGAACAAUUCUGCAUUUAAUGGUUCCCUUACUAAAAAUCCAUUUAACUUUGAAAACUAUGGUAUUAAUUCUUUCAGCUUAUAUAUUGAUGGUCAACAAAUACCUUCAAAAGCUUUGCAACCAUCUUUUAAUAAUAGCAUAUUUACAUCAGCAUAUCAUACUCUAUUCUCGGGAACUGGUAUUCACUUUCUUAAUGAAGGAAAUGGAAUCUCUUGUGAACAGUAUGGCAAAGGUUACUGUCUAUUAGCAUUUGACUUAACUCCUGAUUUAUCAGCUAACUCAUCAACUCAUUGGAAUCUCAUAAAGCAUGGUAGUGUAAGAAUAGAAGUACGAUUUGAAUCCUCAUUAAUACAAACAAUUAACUGUAUAGUUUAUGCUGAGUUUGAUAAUAUUAUUGAGAUAGAUAAAAACAGAAAUGUUACUGUAGACUAUAGUAGUUAA